AUGAAAAAUUUUGUACGUUUUGAUUUUCUUCAAACUUUGAACGACAUUGAACCACGAUGUACAUUAAAACAAUUUAUUACAAAUGAAGAACUUCAGUCACUUGAAAAAAGUCUUAAGAGAUAUUGUAAAGAUGGUACUCAGGAGCAAAUACUUUUGUGUCAAAUGCUAUUAAGUGAAAUAAAAUUAGCAUGUCAAAAUCAAAUUGAAGGCAUUAAAACAAACAUAAUCACACGGAAAAAAAUAUGCGAUGGCAAUAAUGUUCAAAAAAUAAAUGAGUUGAUAAUUAAUCAAUUAAAUUUAAAAGAUGAACAAUCAGAUUCAUUAUGUCAGAAAGUGUGUAUGGACGAAACAUAUAUAUUAUGUCGAUUCUUUUACCGAUUGGGAGAAUCUAUAUUGGAAGUAAGCGAUCAAGAAGUACAGCAAUCAGACAGUAACGGAAAUGCUACUGUUAAUCAACAAAAACAAAAUCCUGUGCCGUCAUCUGAUAUAGCUAAUAAAUCUUCGAUAAUGAAUCCAGUCAUUGAUGUGAAAGACAAGGCACUGGAAGCUGCUAACACGAAAGAUAGAGUAAUAAAGGGUCGUAAAAGUAAUAGAGAUAAAUCUCAACAAGUGGGAGCAAAUCUGAGAGAUCGGGGGACGAAUUUUGCCGAUGAUGUGAAAAUUAAAGGAAGCAAUCUCAAAGAUAAAUCAGAAAAUGAAGUUCAUGAUGCUAAAAAUGCACCGAUACAUGAAUCAAAUAAAGACAAAGCAUCAAAUAUAACUGGUAGCAGAGAAGAAGGGGCAUUGGCUUUAGCAAACAAUAUCAAGGAAAAAGCAGUACUUGUUGGAAAUGAGGUCAAGGACAAAGCUUCGAAUUUGGUCGACGAUGUUAAAGGCAAAGCGAUAGAUUUGGCCAAAAAUGUGAAAGACAAGGGAUUAGGUUUGGCCAACGAUGUUAAAGAAAAAGCAGGUGACAUAGGGGAGAAAGUAGCUAACGCUGCUGCAGCGUUGGAAGAAACAGUACCAGAAAAAGUGAAAAAAUUAGAUUCUACAUCACCUAGUACCACGACAAAUGCUGACGGUGGUGGUGCAGCUGCUGUUCUUAACGAUUCUCAAGCAGUAAUGAAAAAACAUAAUUUUACUAAAGGUCAAUUAGAUGAUUCUGUAAACGAUUUAAAAAAUAAUCAUGAAAACGUACCGAUACAACCAUUCAAUGCAGGUGGUUCAACAACAACAAUAGCAUCAAAUAAUAACAUUGCUAAUUCGCUCGUUUUACAACCAUCUAAUAAUCAACAAAGAGAAGGCGGAAAUGGUGAUACUUUACAAAUAGCUGCACCAAAAGCCAAAUCUUUAUCUGCUCUAGCUUCCUUCAAUUCUGCUAUAGACACUGGUGAUGCGAUUUUGAAAGUACUGCCUGCUUCAUUAGAUCGAGGUACUAAUCAACAAAAUCGCCAAAAUAAAGCGUCAGACGAGAAUGACAGCGUCAACGGCAAAGCAUCAGAGUUAACCAGCAGUGUUAAAGCCAAAGUAGUUGACAUAGCACAGAAAGCAACAGAAAUAGGUGUUAGUUUGAAAGACUCAGUUGUUGGAGUUAACAAUGUAGUCAGAUUAAAUACAAUAACAAGCACAACAGAAGGUCCUGUUAUUAACGAUAAUCAGGAGGAGGAGGACGACAGUAAUAAUAAACAAGAACAAAAUAUAGUCAAAACACAGAAUGAACAAGCUCAACAAAUGGAUGGAAAACCAAUAGAUACACAAAAAGAAAAAGAAAAUCAAGAUGACCAUGAUCAAGAUGAUCAUGCUGACAAUAUCGAUGAUGAAACUAAGUUAAAAGAACAAAUUGAUCAACAGAGAGAGCCGAAUGGCAAAAAUUUAGAAGAAGGAAAUGAAGAUCACGAACGAGGAGAUCCUGAUGAUCAACCACCCGGAAGAGAAGGAGGAAUGGUCGAGGAACCUCCACCCGAGAAAGAUGAUCGAAUUUUAAAGGCUGAUGCUGCUGCAGAGAAAGAUGCAGAAAACGAUGCAGAGGAAAACAGAGCCAAUUUAGAGUAUAACGAUAAUGUUGAUAAAGUGCCUGAGAAUGAGCCGGAGAAAAAAGGUGCAGAAAAUAAUGCAAUUAAUAAAAAGUCCAAUGAUGACAGUGCAAUCGGCCAGGCAGAAGAAGAAGACAACGAAGCUGAGAAAAAAUUAAAACAAGAAGAAAAAGAGGUUGCUGCGAAAAAGAAAAAGAAAAAAGAUGAUUCAAUACAACGAAUUGCUCCUGGAAGAGCUCAACCUCAACCAGAGCGUGAGUUAGUCAACGAACGUCAAAAACUUCAUCAAAGGAAAUCUGACGAUGGUGAAAGUGAUUGGCCUGACAAUUUUAUUACAUAUUUUUUAACAUUUACACUCGUCGUUAUUAUCGUUUAUGUAGCAUUACACCAUAAAAAUAAAGUAUUGGCUCUGCUGGUGGAAGGUUGUUCGCGCCGUGGACUAAAUGGUCGUUAUCAUUUUGGUGCACGAGGAGGACGAUACACACGACUAUCACAAUCUUCUUGA